AUGGCGCCACUCUCUGCAGCAUUCAGGACACCGCUAGAGGAUGAGGAGCCACAGCGUCAUAGGACGGGGCUGAGGAAGAAGAGGAUGGAGAAUCUUCAUGGAAGUUCCUCGUCACUUACGAGAAGAUUGUACUCAUCCGAUGAGCGGAUAGAGAGCCAGAAAGCCCAAAAGGAGGAGGAUGAGAAUUUCUAUGCUGCUUGCCGAGCCGCCUACCUCACCGUCUUCAAGACCAGCCUGGAAAACAUCACAGACAAAGAUCAGCUGCGUAUAGUUCUCCAACAGGCCGGAGGUAAUCCAUCAAAGAAGACUCUCAACAAGUACUGGACUGCAAAGACCAAAGAAUUAAACUUCGAUGAUUUCUGUGCCAUCGCAAAAAGAGAGAAGCCCGCCGCAAAGGCCGAUCUUAUUAAAGCUUUCCGAAAACUGGAUCCCGGGAACAAAGGAUAUGUUCUACACGACGACCUUCAUAAAGUCCUGACCACAAAAGGGGAGAAGAUGUCGCCGGAAGAGUUGAACGCGGUCCUUCGUUUAGCUGAUGUGAACAGCGGCGGCAAGCUUGACUACAAUAAGUUCUGCAACGUGUUCUUCAAUACCUGCGAUCAAUGUGCCAAGAUGGCUGCUGAGAGAAUGAACGCAAACAGCCGGGCCAGACGUCAGCAAUUUGGCAGCCAGCUUGAGACCUCUCCGGAACGCUCAGCCUCUCCUCGGACACCCCGUGAUGGAGACACAACACCAAGGAAAGUUGAAAGCAAGUCUUCACGACCCUCAUCCGCUCGGAACUACAAAGCCACAAUGUGUACUAUCCUCAACAUGGGACCACCAAGUGCCAGGAUCUCGAAAUUAGUGGAACCGAAUAACCUACAGGAAUGGCAGAAUUCUCAGGUGAAGGGAUGCUUUUUCCUUGAAGACGCAGGCAUCGUCAGCCAUCACUAUAAGCUGCAACUUCCUCUGAAAACAACAGUUUAUUUGACAAUCAAACCCUUAAACCUCAGCAGGGUUGAAGGAAAAUCAUCCCCAUGGAUGUCGGUGGACACGGCUCUCUAUAUACUAAAAGAAAUCGAUGGAAAAGGAGAUCCUCAACUCAUCUCUUUCACGGAAGUGCGGAAUAAAGAGGCGUUUGUCUGGAAAGGUGAACUCGGCGUCGGCUCUUAUACACUUCUACCGUUCACAACAGGCUGCAGAUUGACUAAAAAGAAGAAACAAAUUGGGAAAGAAGCCCAACUAGUUUACAGAAAUGACAAAGAAGAUUUAGUUCUCACUCCGGAGUUUAGAUCUGCUCUCUCCGACAUGUUUGACAUCAUUGAUUUAGAUGGCAAUGGCUCUCUCAGCCUGGAGGAAUAUAAUUUCUUCGAGAUGCGCACCAGCGGCGAGAAAUGCGAUGACGACGCCUGGGAGGUUUGCAAAGAGAAUUUUGAGACAAAGAAAAAUGAGCUGACGAGGAAAGGUUUUCUGGAUCUGAACCUCAUGGAGGCAAAUGACCGAGAAGGGGACCCGAGUGACCUCUGGGUGACGCUGCAGUCCAUGGGUUACAACAAGGCCCUGGAGCUGACAGAGGCAUGUCCUUUCAUUAUCAAUAUUUAUGCAGAAAAGUGUAAGCCCAGACUGAGCGCCGUGAGCCUGGCGUCCAGCAAUCGGCAGUUGCAGAAGGUGCUGUGUAAGUCUGUGAUUCUCAAAGGAGAAGCAAAGCCUAUGGAAGGUUAUGAAAGCGUUGUCAUCUACACAUACAAGAAUGACACCAGGAUUACUUCCGUUAUUGAGAAUAAGGUGGAUAAGAAGAUCAUGAUGCAGGUGAACAAUGACCAGAGCAAGAACUGUGUCAGCAGCCGAGGACUCAGCGUGUUUGCUGUGGAAGUGCCAGCAAAAUCAUCCGUGGUAUCUCAGCAUGUCAUGGCAAUGAGCGAGAGACAGGAGUGGUUGUAUAACUGCAUACAGAGUGUUCUGUCCUGAGCUCUAGAGCCAAGCGAGCAGCCAUUUUCUAACCAGUGGACAUUCCGAACACUUUAUCAUUUUGGGAUCACUGACCUGAUAACCAAAGAUUUGAUCAAUUAUAAGUGCCACAUUUUUUCUCAAGA